GACCCGGAAGCGCUCCUGCAGAGCACCGGGAGCUCUGCCCUUAGCAACGGCGGCGGAGCGCCCGUAGCAACCGGCGCGGCCAUGCCGGUGUGGCUGCGGGAGUACAGCUGGCGGCAGACCGGCUCCGCCGUGUACCUCUCGCUGCCGUUGCGCGGCGUUCGAGUCACCCCCGCCAACAUCUUCUGCACUGACCAGUACUUGAAGGUAAGCGUCCCUCCCUUUUUAUUUGAAGCCAUUUUAUAUGCUCCUAUUGAUGACACAAAUAGCACAGCAAAGAUUGGAAAUGGAAUCAUUUUCUUCACUUUGCAUAAAAAAGAAGUGGCCAUGUGGGAUUCCCUUACUCUAGCAAAUGCUGACAAGGAGAAACUGCAAUAUCUAAGAGAGAAUGCUGUUCUAAAAGCCCAUGAGAAGGCAAAAGAGGAGACAGAAGCAAAAAAAGUUACAAAACAGGAACACAAAAAAUACGCUUUGGAGGCCACAAUGAAGCUAGAAGAAGCAGAAAGAAAAAGAAUUGAAAAUCUGAAAGAAAAGGAACGGCAGAAAGUCACUAAGGAGUUGGAGUUAUGGAAAAAACAGCAAAAAGAUGCUGAGAAACAAAAGAGGGUACAAAAAGAAGGGGAACUAUAUCAAGAAGUAGAACAAUCAAAGGAGAAGAAAAAGGAAAAAAUGAACAAAACUAGGAUUCCUAAUGAAGGAACUUCUAAGAUGGGACUCAAACCUACUAAAGGUCAUGGUUCCUACAGUAUGUUUUCAGAAAAUUUAAAGGAAGAACAGUUACCAGCUCCUCGCUCUGCUGCUACAAUUAAAAUCAACUUUACAUCACGAGUGUUUCCUACAGCUCUGAGAGAAUCUCGCAUUGCAGAAGAGGAGGAGUGGCUACGUAAACAAGCAGAAGCUCAAAGAACAAUAAGUGCUGAUUUGUCUGAGCUGGAGGAUUUAAAAGAAGAGGAGAAGAAUCCAGAUUGGUUAAAAGACAAAGGAAACAAAAUGUUUGCAACGGGAAACUAUCUUGCAGCUGUAAAUGCAUAUAACCUCGCAGUGCGGCUCAACAAUAAGCUUCCCCUACUGUAUCUGAAUCGUGCUGCUUGCCACCUUAAACUGAGAAAUUUACAUAAAGCCAUUGAAGAUUCCUCUAAGGCACUAGAAUUGCUGACACCACCUGUUCCUGAUAAUGAGAAUGCUCGAGUAAAAGCAUAUGUGAGACGCGGAACAGCGUUUUGUCAGCUGGAAUUAUAUACUGAAGGUCUCCAGGAUUACGAAGCAGCUCUCAAGAUUGAUCCUAAAAAUGAAACUAUAGAAAAAGAUGCUGUGAAGAUUCGACACCUAAUUCAAGGAACAACACAAGAUUCUUAAUAAAAAAACCCUAAGCAAACAAAACUUUUUGGAGGAAUGCCUUUUGAGGGCAUCAGAAGGAAUCUUAGUUUUCUUCAGUAUGUUGUUAACAUUUUCCUGUUUCACUCAGAGCACCUACAGCAUUGGUAAAAGAUGGGAUAUAUGAAUUAUUAUUUUUUUAAAGUAUAGUAUUAUAACAAAUAUGCUUAGAUAUAUUUUUAUAUCAUGUUGCUACUUGUGGUCAUGUUUUUGCUCUUUGAGAAAUAUUGGUGGGCUGAAUAUUAAAACAUGCUUUUGGUACUUGAUUUAAAGUUACUCAUAACUAAAUGAAAUAUUUGUCUGGAAAUACCUACUGAAUCUAGACAAUGGGUUUUCAAACAACUUCAGUAGCUCCAUAUAGUCAAUACCUAUUAACUUCUUAUCUUUCUGUUCUCCACCAAAGCUGAAAUAGUUAUGUGUUUUAUGGUUAUGGUUAUAUGCUUUCCUCUUUUCUUAUUCUUCAUAGUAUUUGGUGCAUCUGAAACUAAGACAGUGAAUUUAGAUACUCUAAUUUGUGCAUCCAAUUUGGAAAACCUCCACCCAGAAGCAUAGAGGUAGAUUUUAUGUACUGCAGAACUUUCUUUUCAACAUUAAGUAAUGUACAUUGGAUAUUUUCAGACUAUUUUGAAACAUUGGUUUGGGCUGACCAAACAAGGUGAUUGGAAAAAUUAUAAACCUGUAGUGUUGUAGUGUAGUGGUAAAUUAACCCUGUGAUAAAUUGUCCUAUCAAUGAAUGUGACUGACUUCUUCCAUCCUACUACAAUUAGUAAUCUUACAGUGUACCUGUAAAACAUAUUCUAAUCAAAAACAUUGUUAUUUAUAUGAGAAUAAAUAUUUUUCUUGAGCUAGUAUUUUAAUUUGUACCCUGUUGACGUUGAGCAGUAUCUCAGGAAUACUGGUGUGAUUAAAGAUUCUCAAAAAAGGGACUAUCCUGGUGAGGUUACAAGUGUUGUAAAAUGACGUGAAAUGUGACACUGUGCUUUGAAGCUCUGCACCUGUUAUUUUUGGAUAGUGGAAGAAUGUAAUAUAGAAUUGUAUUGUUUAUAUAUAUAUAUGUUAGCAUUUGUAUUACUGUGACAGCCUGAAACACUGGAUUUGAAGUGGUUCUGUUUUGUUAGGCUUUCUAUCCAAAUUGUGACUGUUUCAACUACACUGCUUUCAGUAGCACUUCUAGCAGACUUCUGAUUUUUCCACAUCAGUCCAUUUCCUGAAUACCAUUUAUGACUGAUCUCUGUCUUUAGAAGAAAAUAUUUAUUAUGCAGAUGUAUGUUAUUCUGUGUAAAUUUUAUACUUUGGGAAGAGGGAGAAGGUGACAGGUGUUGCUUCCAGUUGCUUUACUUAGAGCCUUGAGAGGGGUGGUGAUGUGAGUUAGAGAUGUCUGGGGUAGCUGCUGUUCCUUCUUUCCUACAGAUACCUACUCUGUUGCAAUGGAAGGGAGUGAGGAUACUUUACAUAGAGCAGUUGGAAGGAGGACAGUACAGGAGCUUUAGUGCCUCAGUGAGUGUAAUGGUAUCCUUGCCAAAAUAUGGCUAUUUUCUUUCAUAUAAUUAGUGAGGGGAAGUUGGGGCUAAGGAGGAGAGACACUGGCAAUGGGAAAAGGAAAAUGCAAAGAAGCAGAUGCUGUUUGUAGGUUCCUGCUUUUCUGUUUUGGUUCCAGAGCCUAUUAGAACAAUCUGUAUACAUUUGUAUAGGCUAUUUGUAUUGUAGUGAUUUGUUACAGCUACUCAAGGCUAUUUUUGAUGUAGACAGGCACCUUUUUCUACUGCUAUGACAUAGAAACAGUGCCCUCUUUAAAGGUUAGGGAAGAAAAUGUACUUGGUGGCAUGAACAGUAUCUGCCUGUUUCAUCUGAUUAUAUUGCAAGGAAAUGGAUGUUAAAUGUCUGACUUCGAUACCUGAACUGACGGUGUGUACACCGUAUCAAGGUCAUAUGCAUUAUGUUGGUAUUAGUGUCCUGACAUGUAGGAAUGUGGAGACUGACUUUAAGUUUUAAAACCAGAAAACACUUUAAUUAAAACAAAUAAACCUUCAGGCCAAUGUCUCUCUUGCAUUUAACUCUCUCUAUAAAAUUAGACUUCCACACUUAUGAUACCAGUUUCAAAAGUU